AUCUUUAGAGAGAGAGAACUGAGCAGCAAGUGGUCCAGCUGAGUCCAUAUCUCUUACCGACUCCAUGAGCAGCCGCGUUAGAUAAGUAGAGAAUAGAGAAAGAAAGAAAGAAACAUAACAAGUUAAGAAAUAAUAUUUCUUUUAUAUUUAUUCUCUUCUCUCUUCUCUCUUUAUUCAACUCUCAUUCCAAACUAUAUAACUUUCCUCAUCAUUCACAUGUAGUAAAACCCUACUUCAAUUUCUUAUGAGAUAUAUAUUAUAUUUUCUUAGCACAAACACAAGCAUCAAGUUGCUAAUUAAGUGCUUUUAGUUGCACACAACUUUUUUGUUUUUUUAUUUUGUUUUGGAAGUACUUUCCAACUUCAAACUAGUUUUAGUUUUGGAAUUUGCUAUAGGUUUAACUAGUUUAGGACACACAGUUUUUCUUAAAUUCUAAAAUGAUGUCCAAACAAGCCUUUUCAGUUUCACCUCAUUCCAACACCAUGAGAGGUUCCUCAUCGAAUCAUCUUCAAAACCCUAAUCCGAACUCAAUUCCACCUAAGAAAAAAAGAAACCUACCUGGAACACCAGAUCCAGAUUCAGAAGUGAUAGCCAUGUCGCCGAAAUCAUUGAUGGCGACGAACCGUUUCUUAUGUGAAAUCUGCAACAAGGGAUUCCAAAGAGACCAGAAUUUGCAGCUUCAUCGACGCGGACACAACCUUCCGUGGAAGCUGAAGCAAAGAGCUAACAAAGAUCAAAUUCGGAAGAAGGUUUAUGUGUGUCCUGAGAAGAGCUGUGUGCACCAUGAACCUUCUAGAGCUUUAGGAGAUUUGACAGGAAUUAAGAAACAUUAUAGUAGAAAACAUGGUGAGAAGAAAUGGAAGUGUGAAAAGUGUAACAAGAAAUAUGCUGUUCAAUCUGAUUGGAAAGCUCAUAGCAAAAUUUGUGGAACUAGAGAAUACAAAUGUGAUUGCGGCACAAUUUUCUCCAGGAGGGACAGCUUCAUAACGCAUAGAGCUUUUUGUGAAGCAUUGAGUGAACAAACUGCAAAGAUAUCAAUACCAACAGUUCCAAGAAAUUUUCAUAAUGAUCAUUUCACAAAUACUCAAACUCCAAGGAUCUCUCAAAUUUUUCCUGGCUUUCAGUUUCACUCCGAGUUUGUUGGUUCGGGAACAUCGUCGUCAUCACUAUGGCCAGUGCUAGAGCAAACAAAUUAUCAACAAGUUCUUCCUAGUAGUGAUGUAAUGCAACAAACAAUGGAUGUGUUUGGAUCACAAACACAAUGGUUGAAUCAUAAUAGUAAUAAUCUAUCUUUGCCAAUGCUACAUGGAGUAAUGAAACAAGAGGAAGAAGAAAACAAAGAUUUGUCUCAUAGUGUAAUAAGCUCAUUGUACUUGAGUAGUAGUCAGAAUCCACAAGGAGGAUCAUCAAAUCACAUGUCAGCAGCAACAACGUCGCUGUUGGAGACAGAAUCUCAAAUGGGAUCUACAAGGACAGUUAUUACUAAUGAUGAUGAUAACAACAACAACAACAACAACAGCAACACACUCUUUAACAAUGUGAACAACUUUAGCAUUGUUGACAAAUUCUACAAGCAAGGUCAUCAUGAAAGUGAAGACUUGAAUGAGUUGGUGAAUUUGGAAGGAGGUAGCAGAACCAAUUUUGGAGGUGAGUAUUUAUUAAAUGACUCAUUUGGGACUGUGAACGUGAAUGGUACCAAGAAUUUAGACCAUGUGGCGAUGUUGGUGAAUAGAGAGACAAGAAUAACAAAUCGAUAUUUACGUGAUUCGAGUUUAAUGUCAAAAGACAAAAACCAAAUGGGAUUUACAAGAGAUUUUCUUGGGGUUGGAGAUGAUGAUGAGUCAAUGAGUAGAUCAACUUUUUUGCAGCAAGAGCUUGAUGGAUUUCAUGGAAUGGGAUCAUUAGGGAAUAAUCUGCAGAGCCAGUUUCGUGGUGGUGGAGACUAUUGCUAGAGUUUGGAAUUUGAAUGAAAGUAUAGCUCAAAGAGCUAAGAAACUGUUGAGUAAAUAUCUUAAUCUUAAGUUGCUUUGUACUCUUAUUAACCGCAACAUGUGAACUUAAUGAGAGAUUAGGAAAGUAUCAUUAUGAUUCUAAAUUGCGGUUGAUAAUGUAGGAAAAUGCAGAUAAUGAGGCUGCAAUUAUUGUUGCAAUAAUUGAGAGAUUUCUAAAAUUUUUAUAUUGCUGUUAAGAUUGUGACUUAAAA